AGAAUCCCAUGCUCCCCUAACUACGUUUCACCUUCGGUGGUAAAAUUUUGUCCAUCUACAAAACCUCACCUUGGCUGCACCAAAACAAAUCUCGCACAAACAUUCACCAAACCUUCUUCUUUGCAUUGCCUCCCAAGGUGCUUCCUUCUAUCACUUGCAACGUAGCUCAUGUUGUUCUAGCAGCUACGAUUCCUUUUCGAAUUUCAAGGACACUGUUGUUUUCUUCAUCAGCAUGAGUUCUCUCACCGGACUUGCUUCACUUGAAGCUGUGCUCUUUGAUGUUGAUGGAACACUCUGUGACUCUGAUCCACUCCACUACGAAGCUUUGCGUGAAAUGCUCCUAAAGAUUGGUUUUAAUGGAGGUGUUCCCAUAACGGAGGAAUUUUUUGUUGAAAAGUUUUCUGGCAAGAACAACGUUGAUACUGCCUUAGUUGCCUUUCCUGAUGAUCUGGAACAAGGUUUGAAGUUUGUACAAGAAAAGGAAGCCAUGUUCCAGAGAUUGGCGAGAGAGCAACUGAAGCCUGUGAAAGGCCUUGAUAAAAUGAGAACAUGGGUUGAAAAGCGUGGUCUGAAGAGAGCUGCAGUUACGAAUUCUCCAAGAGUAAAUGCAGAACUCAUGAUCUCAAAACUUGGUCUCUCAGAUUUCUUUGAUGUUCUUAUCAUUGGUGAUGAAUGUGAACGUGGUAAACCUCAUCCGGAUCCCUACUUGAAAGCUCUUGAAGUUCUGAAGGCAUCGAAGGAUCAUGCAUUUGUAUUUGAGGAUUCUUUUUCAGGGAUUACGGCUGGAGUGGCAGCUGGGAUGCCUGUUAUUGGGAUAGCUUCACGAAACCCAGAGGAUUUACUCAUGAAAGCAAAGCCUGCCUUUCUGAUAAAGGAUUAUGAGGAUCCAAAAUUGUGGGCAGCUUUAGAAGAACUUGACAAGCCUGGUGCCGACAAGUUGGAAAUUCUAGAUAAAAACAUUUAGCAAGGUUAUAUUUAUCAUGUCAGAAAAAGUAAAAGACAAUGAUCAUUUGUAUGUGACAAUAAAUAGUUGUUUCUCCAUGUAUCGGUUACU